CCAAAUUUCAUUUUCAAGCAUUGUUGGAACUUUGAGACAUCGUAAGUUCCUUUGUGUAGCAAACUCGUCCAGCAGUCCCCAAAGAUGACAGAAACUAGUACAAGCCGUCAAGAAGCACUUUCACAGUAUGGUGGAGUUUCACUAGCGGGUACUGGCGCCAGUUCAGGAACAGGGACACUUCGUGUUCACUCUGGAGGAAUUAGUUGGCGAGCUAAAGAAACUGCUAGAACUGUCGAUAUUGAUAAAGAAAACUUGUUAAGUCUUCGAUGGAUAAGAGGAGCUAGAGGCAUGCAACUUGUCUGUGUUCUCAGGGGUGACAAUACCAACCGUUUUGAAGGUUUUCGUGAACAAGAUUUCGAAGUGGUCAAUGAGAGCUGCAAAGAAAAGCUGAGUUUGGAAGUGAAAAGGGCUCCUCAACCCAUUAAAGGUUGGAACUGGGGUGAUGCAGAGUUGAGGGGCAGAGCUCUUAUAUUUCAUUCCGCAGAAGGUGUAGAUGCCUUUGAUGUUCCACUAGAAGAAGUCUCCCAAGUCCAAAUGCCGUCUUCUUCCGAAGUGGCCUUGGAAUUUCACGUGGACGAUACUGCAGCUAAAACAGACGAGUGCCUGGUUGAGCUUCGCCUAUAUGUUCACAACGAGAGUCAUGCAGCAGAUUUGUAUAAGGGCAUUCUCAAAAGUGCAGAAUCUUCGUUUACUGGUGAAUCGCUCAUUAAUUUUGUCGAUAUGCCUCUACUAGUUCCCCGUGGACGGUAUGAGGUAGAUUUAUAUCCAAAUCAUCUCAAGUUACACGGCAAGUCCUUUGAUUACAAAAUACUUUACACUGCGGUCACGAGAAUGUUUCUACUUCCGAAGCCAGAUGAAGCUCACAUUACUUUUGUUGUCAGUUUGGAUCCACCAGUUCGACAAGGUAAUACUUUGUAUCCACAUUUGGUAUUUCAGUUUCAGAAAGAUGAAGAAGUUGAUGCAGAAUUUGCACUGACAGAAAAUGAACUGAAAUCUCGGUAUCCCAAUUUGGUUGGAGUCUCUGGUGGAGCUACUUGGGAAGUAUUCUCGAAGAUUUUGAGAGAACUUACUAAGAAGCCUUUACAUUCUCCCAUCAGUUUUAAGAGUCAUCGUGGACAGAGUGCUGUACGUACUGCGCUUGGAGCCAAUGAUGGUUAUUUGUUUUUCUUGGAAAACUGUAUGUUUUUUGUGAACAAGCCACCCACUUACAUUCGUUUUGAAGACGUUGAAAUGAUAGAAUUCAAAAGAAUGGACUUGGAACGGAGAUUUGACCUGCAAAUAACUUUGUCGAGUGGUCAUAGUUUACUUUUUAGUAAUAUUGACCGUCCUGAAUUCGAUAAUAUAUAUACUUUUCUGGAGGAGAAGAGGCUACCCAUGUCCACUAUUAAGGAAGCUUUCAAGAGACAACGAACACCAGCUGAGCAACAAGAUGACAAUUUGGACGAUGAAGAUGAUGAACAAGAAGAAGAAGAAGAAGACGAAGAUUUUGAUCCGAACAAAAAGAUUGAAGAAAGUGAUGACGAGGGUGAAGCGGGUUCUACACAGGAUAAGUCAGAAUCUGCCGAAAGCGCUGAAGAAGAAGAAGAAGAAGAAGAAGAAGAAGAAGGAGAUUGAGCAUUUUAUGAUUACUUCCUAAUGCUAAAA